AUGGCAACCGAGGUGGCAUUUGACACGUCUAUGGGCUCCUUCUCCGUGGAGCUCUACAACACUCAUGCGCCCAAGACAUGCAAGAACUUCGCAACACUCGCCGAACGAGGAUAUUACAACAAUGUGAUCUUCCACCGCAUCAUCCCGAACUUCAUGGUCCAAACCGGUGACCCUACCGGUACUGGUCGAGGAGGAAGCUCUAUCUACGGGGAGAAAUUCGAAGACGAGAUUCGCGCAGAGCUCAAACACACCGGCGCUGGAAUUCUCAGCAUGGCGAACAGCGGACCGAACACCAAUGGCAGUCAAUUCUUCGUGACCCUCGCACCAACGCCCUGGCUCGACGGGAAACACACCAUCUUCGGUCGAGUCAAGAGUGGCAUGCGAAUCAUCCAGCGCAUGGGACUGGUCAAGACCAAUGCGGAGGACAAGCCAGUGGACGAAUUGAAGAUUCUCCGAGCUCGCGUGGUGGAAGAUGGAGCACAGGAGUGA